AUGAGCUCCCUGCGGUCAAUACGGCCCACGCUGGGCCUGCUGCUCACGCCGCCAAGAUGGGCACCUGCUGCCACAGCACAGCUCGUCCAGCAGCCGGCAAGGCGAUGGGCACACCAGGGUUCAGCAGCGAGCCCUGCGGCGAGCAAGUCUGGCUCGGUGGCGGACAGCCGCAUCCCGGCACCCAUCCCGCUGGUGCCCGACGUGGCGACCUUCCUGACGGUGAUCGGCCGCAACAUGAAGCAGCACGCGGCCAAGUUCCCGACGUGGGAGGCUCUUUUCACGCUGACGUCGAUGCAGCUGCGCGAGCUGGGCAUCGAGCCGCCGCGGGACCGGCGGUACCUGCUGCGGUGGUGCCAGCGGUUUCGCGAGGGCCGGUUCGGCAUAUGCGGUGAUUUUGCGCACGUGCGCGACGGCGUGGCCGAGCUGCGGGUGCGCGAACAGGUCGACGAAGCCGACCCGCUGCAGCUACACAAGACGGUGGUGAAUGUGGACAUUCCGGCGCCGACGGCACCAGAGGCCGAGGCAGAAGCAGCAGAAGCAGCAGAAGCAGGCGAAGGCGAAGCCGGACAGACGGCCGCUUCUCCACCGACCAGCAGCAGCCUGGCCGAAGCCAUCCGCGUUCACGGUUACAAGGUGGUCGGCGCUCGCACCAUUGCUGGGCCGUUUGCGCUGCCGCUCAAGGCUGGCAGCGGGGCUCGCGUGCUGGUGACCGAGGGCAUGUGGGAAGACAAGCGGGGCCGCAAGAUCGACGGCGGCGAGCGGCGGCGGGCUGAAGUGCGCUUCAAGCGGCAGGCAGCCGAGCGAAAGGCUCUGCGCGAGUAG